GAACUCAGGAGGAAAAAGAAAGGUCGGGUGUUUUCAUAUCGCGGAGGCUGCUGGCGCCGUCUCUUUCUCUCUCCCACCUCACCUGCUCCCGCGGCAGUUGCCAAGUCGACGUCCCUGCCUCCUCUCUCUCUCUCUCUUUCUCUCUCUCUGUUGUGGCAGGAGUUGCGGCUUCUCGAGCUCGAAGGAAGCGGAGGGAGGCGGGGAAAUGGAGAGGGAGUCCGGCGAGCAAGGCGUCACCCGCGUCCUCUUCUGCGGGCCCCACUUCCCGGCCUCUCAAGAUUACACCAGGGAGUACUUGAGUCAGUACCCAUUUAUCCAGGUCGAUGAGGCGGCCCUUGAUGAUGUGCCUCGUGUUAUCGGAAACUACCAUCUUUGUGUGGUAAAAAACAAGCGCUUUGACUCGGAUAUCAUAGCUCAAGCGAAACAAAUGAAGCUUCUUAUGCAAUUUGGUGUUGGUCUGGAAGGUGUUGAUAUUGACGCUGCCACCAAAAAUGGAAUAAAAGUUGCCAGAAUUCCAAGUGACGUCACGGGAAAUGCAGCGUCAUGUGCAGAAAUGGCGAUUUAUCUGAUGCUGGGUUUACUCCGAAAGCAGAAUGAGAUACAAACUUCUGUAAAUCAGAGAAAACUUGGGGAGCCAGUUGGUGAAACUCUAUUUGGAAAAACCGUAUUGAUCGUGGGGUAUGGAAAUAUUGGAAUUGACUUGGCUAAGCGCUUACGACCUUUUGGGGUAAAAAUAAUUGCCACAAGGAGGAGCUGGUGCUUAAAUUCAGAAGCUCCUCUCCAGUCGAAUGCAGGCCUUGACCAAAAUGGCAUGAGUGACAGUCUGGUUGAUGUGAAGGGAAGUCAUAACGACAUUUGCAACUUUGCUGGUGAGGCGGACAUAGUUGUCUGUUGCUUGUCUUUAAACAAAGAUACAGCUGGCAUCAUCAAUGACUCAUUUCUAUCUUCAAUGAGAAAGGGAGCCCUUUUAAUAAAUAUUGCUCGAGGGGGUCUCCUGGAUUACGAGGCUGUUGCUCGUCACCUGGAGUGUGGUCACUUGGGAGGCUUGGGCACCGAUGUGGCUUGGACAGAACCAUUUGAUCCGAAUGAUAAAAUCUUGAAAUACAAAAACGUUCUUUUAACUCCUCAUGUUGCUGGGGUCACCGAACAUUCUUAUAGAUCCAUGGCUAAGGUCGUUGGCGAUGCAGCUCUUCAACUUCAUGCUGGGACAUCUUUGACAGGGGUAGAGUUUGUCAACUGACUAAAGUUGAAAAGCCAAUUCAGGAGGAGCAUAUCUUUGGAUUACUUACCAAAUCACAUGCUCAUAUGGUAGAUUACAUUUCGCAUGUUGAUCUUUCUGAUGAUUCGAGACGCUAGCACAACUUAUCUCAGGCUAGGAGAUGCACCGAGCCGAGUAUAAGGGGCGUAUGCAUCCUUGGUCCCAACACCUCAGAGGCCAACACCUCAGAGGUGGGAGUCGAACCUGGCCUGGAGGCCGAGGUGCAGCGGUCAAUGUUACUGGAAAGUCAUUACAUAGCAGAUGGCGUAGAAUAAACGUGUGCUCUUAACUUAAUUGGAGAUAAGUCUCAGACAAGUAUCUGUUUAGUCAAUCCUUUGUGAGAUUUCUAUUUUGGUUUAGUCUUUAAAUGAUGUCAAACGUGAUCCAAUCUGGGUACCUCAAUUUAGAUGACGAUGCUGAGACACGGGAUCACCCGCUCCGUGAUGA